AUUCUCGGCGCGCACGGUUUUCAAAUGGGUGUUGUUCUCUCGUCUCGAGAAUCGCCGAUUAACGAGGUCGUUUAAAGGGCGGCCCACGCCGUGUGCGUGUCUAUUACAACACGUCUCGAAUAUUCCGAUAACCGCUGACGAAACUGACAGUGAUUUAUUGUUCUUGUCUUCCGACACUUAUCGUCGCGCUACGAGUUGCGAGAAAGUGGCUCAGGUGUCAAUUACAGUUGGUUUACGACCGGACCGUUUUAUCGAGACGCACGCGGUGCCAAAGGCAGGAAGGUUCGCGUUGAACGUUGUCCACAAGUAAUUUACUCCGUCAUCAAUAAAUGCGGCAAGUGACUCUCGGUGAAACAUGAAAUUCGACCCGUACACCAUAGUGAUUGACGUGACAUAAUCUAAGUUUGGAAGUCCGUUCGUCUUUGAUCGCUUAUGUCGUUGCAUCGAUAGAUUUUAGUGUUCAGUUUGUGAGUGUUAAGUAACAUUUCGCGAGACCGUACUCUAAUCCGUGAAUGUGAGAGUAAAAAAUUUUGCUUGAUGCGUGAACAUUUUUGUAUGCAAUUGGGUGGUGUUAUCUUGGACAUCUUUUUGCACACGUUGUGAGAACAUCCUCCCAGGAAUUCAUCGACUUUACUCCGAAAUGCACCGGUGCCAAACGUUUAAAUGGAUUUAGGUUGAAGCGAUCCUGAAUGUAGCAUCGACGCAUUGAUCCGUUUCACUCCCGAUGCUCGUCCAUUCAUCCCCGAGAUACCCGAAGGUCGGCCAGGCAGGAGUCACAGAAGAAUCGGGAUUAGUGGACGCAGGGAUUUCAACGAACUGCGCGAUGAUUACUACGCCGGGCUUUUUCAGACAGCGACGAAAAAUCGAACGAAGAUGAACAACGAGAUGGAGCAGAUCCCUGAAGGCUGAGAGAGUCGAGCGGAUCCUCGAUAUGACCGGGUGGAGAAUGCUAAAGCCGACCGCGUCGGCGCUCGGCGUCAUCGCAAUUGUCUUCGUUCUGAUUACUGCCACGCUGUCAGAGGCGGACAGCGGCACCAUCGAGUCCAGUAUCAAUCAUCCUGAAGUGGAUGAAGAGGACCAACAUGUCCAAGAGGAAGUGAGGGCCGCGAACCAGUCCGUCGCUGACGAUCCGAUCCCUUUAACGGUUCGUACACACGUCGCCAACGAUACUGCCAACGAAAUUCCAGUGACUAGGGACUCUCAGUUCGUCCCUACGGGUCUUGAAAACUCGAACGACUCGCGUACGAAUGUCGUCGAACCGCAGAGAGAUCAAAGUGGACAGUCGUACGUCGCGACAGCGACGUCGAACGAUGUUCGCGAACCGGAGGACGAUCCCGCGGGAUCGGAACCGAGGCCGGUGGAGCGCAACAAUCCUGGGAACAAGACGCAACACGCGACCUGGGAUUUCGGGGUUUCAACCAAACCGAAUCGUGCGGAAAUCGUGUCAAGCACCGAUUCUUGGAACGUCCGGUUGCCCAAUCCAAGGAACCUAGACCAAUUGGAUGGCAUCCAAGUGGGCGAGGAUCUGUCGAACGUGGUGGAACACGAAGGAUCGGUUACCAGCGUGGACAAGUCUCGACGGAAGGACACGGUUCGGUUCACAACCGCGUCGAUCCGCGAGAUGAUCGCUACGGAGUUAAGGCCGCUUGAGCAGAAAAAUGUGGACGACAUCAAGGCGAUCUCGUUCCAAGUACCAGUGGUCGAGACGGAAGAAGCUGUGGCUGAUACUAAGCGUCAGCAGGAUAACGAACGGGCGAGGAUCGUCGCGGAUCCGAAGAAGGAUAAUUCCAGAUCGAUGAACAAUCUCUUGGUGACUGGCGGCAAGUCCACAAAGGCGUUUUACGAGAUAAAACCGUCUAUUAAAACGGAGGUGGAACCGGAUCACUCGGGCAGUACCUUGAAACCUCUGCAGGGGAGGAAGUUCGUAUUGCCAAGCGUGGACAGUGCUCUGGGCAAAUACGGGCCUUAUUUCGAGGAUGGUGAUGAGGAGAUGAAUUUCACAGCCAGAAUAGGCAGCACCAUGCUGCUUGACUGCAAAAUCGGCAUGCUGGGAGACAAAGAGGUGACGUGGCACCAUCAAGCAAGCAAGGACUCGUUUCGAUUACUCACCGUCGGCAGGACCGUGUACAGCGUGGAUCAGAGGAUCAGCUUGAUGUUCCGAUAUCCGAGCAAUUGGAGGUUACAGAUCCAGUACGCAACCCCACGAGAUUCCGGUUUAUACAAGUGCCAAGUAGCGACGCAUCCGCCGCUGGUUAAAACGAUUAACGUUGUCGUCACGGCGCCGGAGUUGACAAUAACGGACGAUUCCGGUCGGGUGGUGCCCAAGGAGAGACAUCUAAAGGCGGGAAGUGCUCUGAAGCUCAGGUGCGAGGCCAGAGAUAUUAACGAGUCCUUAACGGAGUCCGUCGUUUGGACCAGGGGCGACGAGACGCUUACCGACGAUGUUAGUGAAAACAGGACAAUGGAGAUACUGGCUGGCAGAGAAGUCCUCGUGAUCGUCAGCACUCUGAUCGUGGAGAAGGCCACUCCGAGGCACGCCGGGAACUAUAGUUGCAUGGUGCCGGGGAAGGCCAAGACCACCAUCGCGGUCCACGUGCUCAACGGGGAGUUGCCAGCCGCGGUGCACGACGGCAACGGGGUCUCCAGGGCGUUCCUCAACCUGUGGCUAAUUCACUUAACGAUGAGUUACGUUUUCUCCAGAUGACAAUACUAAGAUCUGUGCAUCAACAGCCAUGGACAUUCGUGGACAGGAGAAAACACGUUGAAAUAAUGAUGCUCACGCGUCGUCGACGAGGUCGCCUGACGCAGAAUUCAUUCACCGGCCACGAUCUUGAGGAUGUACGCGAGAGAUCCAACCCCUAAAUCGUUUUUACCUCUAAACCUGUAGAAUUCCCUCUUCUCGAUCAAUGUAGAAAGAGCUCGGUGAUCGUUCUGGUGAUUCAAUACAUUUCUUAGUCGGCAACGAGAAAUCGCGUAACAGAAGAUUUCCGUUCCAUCUCACGGAAUACAAAAGUGGGCCAUUAUACUGUACAGUCUAAUUUGAUCGAACGCUAUAGGGGUGAUAAUGCGUGGAAAAGUUCAUUAACACGUUUGUGCUUAUUAUCGUGAGACGAUAAGGAACAUUGGACGAGGGAAUACACGGUGAGAGAGUUUGUGUUAUUUGGAAUGUUGCGUCGAUGAGGUUUAGCAGAGAUUUAUCGCACGUUCCCAGAGAAUAGCGGUAAAGCUUAUUGGAUCGGGAACGUUGAUUGAACGAAAGGGUACGAAUGUGUUCGACAAGUCGUUCUCUGUUCUAAUUAUAUCUCCCUCAUUUUGGAGCAACUAAAUAAUCCUUUUUUUCUUAAACUCGUUCUUAUGUAAUGAAUUGGGAUAAAAUAUGCAAGGGAAUUAUGUAUAACGUAUCAGAUUUCGUUUCCUACAAUUGUUUGUCUUUUAUGCCAGUUAUUUUGAAAAUUUCACUAACAAAUUCAUUGAACGCGGAGGGAAUAUAAUUAGAAAAUGAAGAAUUAUUUAACCGCAGAAGAUUGUAUACCUAUAAAGAGGUAUGAAUAUGACUUAAUAAAAAGUUUGCCGGAAGAUUCUGAUGUACAUACAUGUACUUACCAACAUUUUCACACGGAAUAUCAUAUUAUUUAAAUUAACCAUGUCGCUAAAAAGGUGUUGCCGAUAUCGAGUAGAAGGAAAGAAGGGAACCAGUCUAACAACUGGUAUUAUGGGAAGGUAGGUCAUUCAUGCCGGAGCAACAUUUACCUGCGCCGGAAUAUCACUUUAUUUAUGUGAAAAAAUUAUUUACAUGAAAUGCUUUCUAAAAUUUUCACUUUCCCAAUAAAGCAGAAGACUGAACGGUGCUAUUUAAAUCACAAAUAUUUUUCUGUAAUCUUAACAGAUAGAGAAAACGUUUCGAAUACAAAUGAACCUUUACGCAAUUGGGAUGCUGAAGAAAACGUUGACACGAUAAAAAAUAAGCAUUGUGCUUAUAGUGAUAGCUCGUGAAUUUUACAACAACUUGUUACGCAAGAGUAAACAGUUGCAAAUCAUUAAACCGGAUCAAUUUUUGUUUUCCUCUAUAAAAUGAAAUGAAUGAAAUAUUUUAGCUAUGCUGGUGCAGGUAGCAAUUGCCAGUGUGUAUAUAUACAAACUGUUGUGCUAUUCCUUCCUCCUCAUCGCGUUUUCCGAGAAUUGGAGAAGCCGACCAAUUCAAUCGAUGCCGACCUGUUCGAUAUCCCUCAUUCAACGUAACUGCGGCCCUCGACAUCCCACGUGCGAUUCGCGCAAUUUUCCACGAGGACUGCUCCUCUAAGCGAGUGGUUUUCCACUUGACCUUCAGGAAUCUCCGUUCGCCGAAAUAUUUCCUGAAAAUAAUUGGUUACUGAGACAAAGUAUAGAGUUCCAUUCCCUCAAACAAGUUUUAUUAUGUUUCAUACAUAAAAACGUAUAUACAUCAAAUAUAAGUCGCACGUCUUUCAGUUCCUGUUGAGGCAAAAGAAGUAGUAAUACUAAUUUUUAAUUGAUAUCUGUCCCACGUAAUGUUAAGUUGGAACGUAUGAAACAUCGCUUGUUUCUAAGAUUUGUUUUCUCCAACUGAAAAACAUUUACGUAUCCUGUUUUGCGUUAUCGUUAUAUUAUUAUAGGUCAAAUUGAACGUCCAUUACGUUUGAAAAAAAUAAUACUUCAUAUGCACCAACUUAAUAUUUAUUUCCAAUUUCCAUGUUUAAUUACGCAAUUAAUUUCUUAUCAUAUUUUUGACACGAAGAUAUUAAAUUCGUUCUCUGAAAUCGUUUAGACCAUCUGCUAAUUUUUAGAUAAACAUAUCCACCUGUUAAAUAUUCAAAAUUCGCUUUCUACUAACAGGACCGGUUCCGUUCUUUCAACAAACGUCACUGCUCGAUCAAAGAUCGCAAUCACCGUCGUUAAACGCGAUAUUGUAUAAAAACGCAUCGACCAUUUCGCUUUUAACACGGUAAAGAGAAUGAGGAGGACAAGAGCAACGAGAACAGAAACGCGUGAUCGGGAAUAACGAAUUUUCCGGUCCAAGCAACGUGUGAAAAUGUGAUGUGCGCGCAAAAAAACGUAUCAAAACGAAACUGGCCGACUGCGCAAGGAUUUUAUCUAUACAUACAUAUACACAUACAGUACCCCCCCACCCCCAAAGUGUUCGUCUACUCUUUGAAAUAAAAUACCUUUCCUAAAAUUGAUCGAGUCAAUUUGAAUUUAUCUGUGAUGGUAGACGCAUUAAUGUACUACAUAAUUUGUUACAAAAUUGCAAGUUGUAGAAACCGCAAGUGAACAAAUAAAAGUCGUCUUUUUUUACUAUCUCAUCUGAGUCUAUAAUAUAAUUUCGUUCAACGUAUUUUGAAUAUCCCACAUCUCCAGUCUCCCGAAGAAAUUCAAAUCGAAUCGACCAGUUUUAAGAUCUUCUGUUUUAUAAAGUAAUCGAACACUUUUGCGGCUGACCGUACAUACAUACAUAUUAAACGUGCACGAUCUAUACAUAUUAUAAAUAGGCCCGAUCGAUCACGAUAAGAUUAUAUUUUUAUAUGUACAUAUGGCGUUCCUUCUUGUUAUCUUAUUAAAUAUAUUGAUGAGUCGGUAGGUAGAAAGGCGAACGAACGUGAUCGAAUGCGUAGUUCGAGAAAAGAGGAUCGGUUUUGUCUUCUGGAACAGAAUAGAUAUUGUUUCGAAACAAACGCCUGGAUUGCUUUAUCCCAUGAAUGUUUCAUGAGAGAAAGCAGGCGGGUGGGAAGCACUGAUUUUAAACUCGAUCUUCGAACUGUUGAGUGCGAUCGAUAUUAUUUCAUGAAAUUCGUCACGUUUCAUUACACGUGAAUACUCUAUCAAUCUUUUACAAUCCUUUAAUAUCCAAUAACAAAUGCAAAUCACUAAAUCAAUGCAUUGAUCUAGUAUUAACGUGAACAAUCUUGUUUGUGUCGAUGAAAUAAAAUAUAAUAACACGUAGGAAAUGAAGGCAAUAAUUCUGUAAAACGAAGUGGAUAAAUGUUUUUUAAAUAAGCUCAUUCCCUGUGUCGUAUUAUGUCGUCAGAGAGACAAAAGAGAUGGCGGUAAGAUUAAUCUUUUUAGUACAAAGAUAGUCGCAUCUAUCUGUUAUCUCCGCAUCAAAGCACGAAAAGAAAAAAGAAAUGACGGUAGGAUUAAUGCUUCUUACUUUUUGGUACAUGGUAAUCUCGAUACAAUGUGUUUGAUUCCAGAAUAAGUCUCGAACAAAGUCGGCAAACAAUUUUCCAUCUA